AUGGAAAUUAAUUAAGAAACUCUGAACUUUUUAUUUAAAGAAUUAUGUGCUAUAGCUUUCUUAUAACAAAAAUCCUAAAAUGAAUUAAAUGAUCUUUAUCAUUAUUAUACAAUAUAGGAAGCACGGAUGAUUAAUCAAUUUUAUCAUUAUUAAACGAUCAACGAAUAAGAAUUAAAGUAUUGAUAUAAUUUUAUAAUUUAGAUUAGUGAAUAGAUUCAUAGCAAGAAUUUCAGAAGCCUUCUAAUUAAUGAUAGCAAAAAGAUAAAUAGUGAGAUGUUAGGAAUCUAAAUUUUAGGCAAAAAUAUAUACUUGUUUGACUAAAAAUUUUGAAGGCAAAAAUACCCUUAUUUGUUAAUUGAUUUAAGCUAUAUAUGGAGAAUGCAGACUUUAAAUUGAAAUGAUAAUAAAUAAGAACUAAAAAAUAGAAGUUAAAAGAGUAAUUCUUUAUCAAUAUUAAGAUACACAGUCAAGAUAACCACAAUGAUGAAGAUAAACUACAGAAUCAAUUCUAUUCAGUUUAAAUUACAAAUAAGAAAAAUAUUUAAAAUGAUUGGUAAGUUAAUAUUAAAAAUAAUAAAAAAUUAAAUAAUUACUAUUCAAAAGUAUUUCCUAAAUUAUAUGAUGUAAUUAGCAGUGUAGAUAAGUAUAUUAUAAUUUAAUAUUAUAGAAGUUAGGAUGAAUAAAUUCUAUAUUUUUAAAAUAGAGAUUAAAAUAUGGAUAGAAUGUUUAAUUAAUUACUUUAAUAAAAUCAGCAUAUCAAAUAAUCAUUAAAUUGGUCAAUGAAUUUGGAUCAGGAAAUGUAUAAUAAUAAAAUUGAAUAAAAAUUGUAAAAAAUAAAAUUGUAAUAAUUAAUUCCUAGCCAUUAAUUAUCAACUUAAUCAUCUCCUACAAAACCUUCUCAACCAUCAUAUAAAUCAAUUAAACAAAAUGAGCCUACAAGUCCGUAAAAAAAUAAUAAUAUAAAUAAUAGUACUAAUUUAGGUAAGAUGCCUUCCAUAAAUGUAAAAUUUAGAAGCAUUUCAUAGAAUGUUCCAAUGAGCGAAACUAAUUUUAAGAGUUCAAAUAUGUUGUUCUUGAAUCCACAAAUAUAAACAUAAUAAAAUCCCUAAUCCUAAUAAUUUUAUUCAUCAGAAACAGAUAAAUCCGCUUUGUUUUCUAAAAUAAUAGAAAGCUAUAAAUAACAUUAAUUUCAACUAAAUAAGAUUAAAAUUGAAUUCAAACCUAAGCGUCAAGAUUGUUCAGUUCUAAAAAGUAAAUUAAUGGUAGAUCUCAUACCUCUUCAUAAUUCAAAACUAAAGCCUAAAGCAACUCGAUAUUUCUUAUAAUAAAUUCCAUCAAUAAUAAAUUGA